AUGGUUAAUGGGGCUCGUGCUGUUCUGGAGGAGGUUAAUGCUGAGUGUCACUUUGCCAAGGAGUGUUUCAUGCAGCCUGGAGGAACCAAAUACAGCCUCAUUCCAGAGGAGGAGGAAGAGGAGGGGGCAGCAGCAGGACGUGAAGGGGACAAAAAGAUCAGCCAGGCUGAGGGGUCUUCAAAAAAGAGGAAGAAGGAGAAGAAGAAGAAGAAGAAGCACAAGGCCAGGCAGUCCUCGGAGUCAGACUCAGACAGCUCGGCCUCGGACAGUGAUGGAGCUCAGCCCUGCAGCAAGAGGCCCAAGCACGCCAGGAAACCCAGCAAGGCUCCCAAGAAGAAGAAGAAGAAGCACAAGAAGUAGCCCUGGGGUGAGCAGGGCAGGCUGGGCUGCUGCCACAGCCAUUCCCUGGUGCAGCCAGCAGGGACCAGCAGCUCCUGCUCCAGGGACAAGGAGUUUAUUUCAAAGUGACAUGUGGUGUUGCAGGUGUUGACCUGGCUGCGAGCUGUCCUCUGUCACCUUGGGCACGGGCUGCCCCUUUGUCCCACAGCUGCUGCCAGCACGGGCUCGUGACACCCUGCAGGGCGCCCCUGCUGUGCCACAGCCUGGGCACUGCCAGGUCCCAGCUCCUGUGACAGCGGGGGGACAGCAGCCCUGCAGAGCUUGGGGUGGCACAGCCAGGCCCGCGCCGUGCUGGGGACAGGGUUUGGUGGGACCUCAGCCCCCUGGCACAGAGCUCUGGGCUGCAAACCUGCCCCAGCUCCCUCGGUCUCUGCAAACACCGGGAGUGGAGGAGCAAGGAGCAAAUGGGGGAGUGGAGAUACUGGGAGUAAACAUGGACUGUGGAGUGUUUGCUGCCUUGGAAAGGGAUGGAAAAUAAAUCUCUGCUCUCUCCA